AUGGAAAAGUUCUCCAUAAAGAAGGUGUAUGUCAUAUUGAGAGGGCCUUUCCAAAAAGUUCCUUGGAGGAAAGUGGUGUGUAACAACUUUGGGGCAGCCAAAUGGAUCUUUAUUCUGAGAUUAAUCAUUUGUGAAAAGCUUUUAACUAGAGACAGAUUAGCUACUUGGGGAAUCACUGAAGAUACCAUCUGUCCAUUGUGCAAUCAUGAAGAUGAAAGCAUUGCACAUUUGUUCUUUAAGUGUGUUGUGUCUUCUGCUAUAUGGAAGAAGAGUUUAAGUUGGCAAGGUAUAGCUAGAUCUCCCAUGGAGUGGCAAAGUGAGUUGCAAUGGGUCCUUACAUAUUCUAAAGGUAACAGCUCGGCUUCCGAAAUUUACUGGAUGUGUCUUGCUGGUACUGCUUAUCAGAUUUGGAAGGAAAGGAAUACCAGGGUGUUUCAACAAAGGCAGAGGAGUAUUGAAGCUAUGGUGAAGCAAAUUGUGCAGGAAGUGCAUGGGCGUGGUGCUACUAGACUGAGGUUAAAGCAGAAAUUAGACAGCAUGAACUUUUAUCCCUAG